GGCGCGAGCAGCAGCAGCAGCAGCAGCCGCCUGUCUGUCAUAUGAUUCCCGGAGUGUGACGUAGCAGAGGACGCCAUUAGACUGGCUCGGCAGCACACACUCACACAGGCGGAAAUAGUGUUUUCUUUUUCUCUUUGGUUCUUCAGUCUCUCAGUCGGGCAGUUUCACCCCGUGGUCUCCCUUCACCGUUUCACACCAGACGAAUGUAGAUAUCUAAUGUGAGGCGGCAGGAGGCGAGCGCUCGGUUUACUUUUCUUUGCUGAAGUUGAAGAAGGAGAGAGCUCCUCUCCACCAUGGCGGCUGCUGCUCACAGAACAUACUCCUUCAAGGUGGUGUUGUUAGGGGAAGGCUGCGUGGGCAAGACCUCCCUGGUCCUCCGCUACUGUGAGAACAAGUUCAACGACAAACACAUCACGACCCUCCAGGCAUCGUUCCUUACAAAGAAGCUCAACAUCACGGGCAAGAGAGUCAAUCUGGCUAUUUGGGACACAGCCGGGCAGGAACGGUUCCACGCUCUCGGCCCAAUCUACUACAGAGACUCCAACGGAGCCAUUUUAGUCUACGACAUUACCGAUGAAGACUCUUUCCAGAAGGUGAAGAACUGGGUGAAAGAAUUAAGGAAAAUGUUGGGAAACGAAAUAUGUUUAUGUAUAGUAGGUAAUAAAAUCGAUCUGGAAAAAGAGAGACAUGUUUCAGUGGAAGAGGCUGAGGCGUACGCGGAGUCAGUUGGGGCAAAACACUACCACACGUCAGCUAAAUUAAACAAAGGAAUUGAAGAAAUGUUCCUCGACCUGUGUAAAAGAAUGAUGGAGACGGCACAGGUGGAGGAGAGAUCCAAGGGGAACGGGACAAGCCACGCAAGCACGGGACGAAGAGGCGUUCAGAUCAUCGAUGAUGAACCACAAGCUGCUACUGCAGCCGGAGGGUGCUGUUCUUCAGGCUAGGACUCCGUUAGCGCGCUCUCUCUCUCUCUUUCUCUCUCUGUCUCUCUCUCUCUCUCUAUCUCUCUCCAUCUCUCUCCAAAAGUACUGGUACUCUUCAUCAGUCACUUGUUCUCUGCUCUGUAACACUGAUGGCUUCAGCCGUGAUUUGUUUUCCUGUUGACUGCAAAGUUGGAAUACAGCAUCUAAUGGAUCUUCUCAGUUACUUGUUACUGUGGUAACCCAAUCACUCUCUCAGGCUCUCUAUCUCUCUCUCUCUAUCUCUCUCUCUCUCUCUCUCUCUCUCUCGCACACACAUACACAUGCGCUCUUUCUGAAUAUUUGAACACGCACUAAGAUCUGAUUUUCGAAGCUUUUUUUUGUGUUGUCGUCGUUGUUGUACAUGUCGGGUUGAUUUCCAUGAAAGCGUUUUCUUUUAGUUAGAAGCUUAAAGGAAGUAAGUACCCAUUAUUUAAUAACUUAAACAUACACACUGAACUCUGAAGUCCUUGUGGUAAUUUAGUGAGCUUCUGUCUUUCUGUCCCCAACCUUCAGUUCCUGACGUCAUGGCUAAUCAGAAGGUUUAUUAAACUUGCUCUCUAGAUGGUUUUUGGACUUGUAUGUACAACGAAACAAAAUACACCUGCAUCAUAUUAAUAUUUUAUUCGCUUUUACAACUUUUUUUUUUUUUUUUUUUUUUUUGGGAACUAGCCACUUGUAAAAGUAUUCAGUACUCACAGCAGGUGCGUCCGUGCAAAUGGACAGACUGCAAAAAAACUAACAAACAGGAGGAUGAAGAAGGAUCCUAAUACAGUAGCAACGAAAAAAUAACAGAUUUGUAAGUAUUCAAGCCUUCAUUAGGGGUACAAGGCGUUUUACUCACACUACUACAGUAUGUUUCAGACCCCCCCCCCCCCCCCACGCCCCUGUUCUCAAUAUGAUGUCAUGUUUCGUUUUCUUUAUGAUCUUUAAAGGCCGGAUUGUUUUCUAUGAAAGCAGAAUUUUUUAUUUAAAAAAAAUAAAUAAAUAAUCAAUUGCAAAUUUGUGACCUUUCACAGUUAAUGACCUCCUUUACCUUAUGUUUAAGUGCCAAGACUUCUCGAGUGUUACGAUAGGCUAAAUUCCAAAACCUGACUAUUAAGCCAAGACUAUCUAUUUUAAUUUAUGUAUGUAUUAUAUUUCCCCAACCACCCCCCUCCCCCACGGUCCGCUUCUCUUUUAGUGCCAUUUGCAACGGUUAUCCUGAACUAACCGAAAGUGUUUCAGAGCCACAUAGCACUUAGCUCCUCCUGUAUGUUGGAUAAUGAUACUGAAAUGUGAGUAUUCCUUGAAAAGGAAUUGAAUCAAGUUGAAAGAAGAAAAGGUGAGGGCUUGUUUUGCCUUUGGAACGGUUAAAAAUACAGAAUGUGUUUAGCUUAACAUGAGUGUGUUGUAUUUGUUGACAGAAAGUGUGUGUGUGUGUGUGUGUUUUUAAAUACAGCAUUUGAAUGAUUUUUGGGCGUCUGAAUAUUUUUCCAAGUGGCUAUUGGUGGUGUGUAUAAUAGUUAAAUGAUUUAUAAAGUGAAGAAUAAUAAUUAUGGGUGAAAGCACACGUUUGGAACUUUUAUUUUUUAUUAUUUAACUGCUUCUGUCAUUGUUGUGUAAUAGAACAAUUAUAUAUGUGUGUGUGUGUAUGUGUAUGUAU